AUGGCGGCGUCCGCCAACGCGACGACACUCUCCGCCUUCGCGUCGCUCCUGACCGCGCGGCGCUUCGCGGCCGCCAAGUCCGCGCUCCCGCCCCUGCUCACGCCGCGCCUCCUGGCGGUGCCGUUCCGGGACCUCGCCGCCACGUCGCUCCCGCGCGGCGCGCCGCCGCACGCCGUGGCAGCGUUCCACGACAUGCUCUUCCGCGCGUACGCGGACGCCGGCGCGGCGGACCGCGCGGCCGAGGCGCUCGACGCCACCGUGUCCCGCCUCGGCCGCCUCGACCCUCGCUCGCUCACGUCCUCGCUCCUCUCGCUCCGCCGCGCCGGGCGUCUAGCGGACGCCGCGGGUCUCCUGACGCGGGCGCUCGGCGCGUGCCCGGGAUCCGUCUCGCCGCUCGCCGCGUCCGUCGUCGUCGAUGGGUUCUGCAAGUCGGGGCGCGUGGACGGCGCCCGCGUGCUGCUCGACGAAAUGCCUCGCCACGGCGUGAGGCUCAAUGCGCUGUGCUACAACUCGCUGCUUGACUGUUACGUGCGCCGAAAGGAUGACGCGCGGAUCCAGGAGCUGCUGGAGAUCAUGAAGAAUGAAGGCAUCGAGGCGACGGUCGGGACGUAUACGAUCCUGGUGGAUAGUUUGUCGACGGCCGGGGAUAUCAACAAGGUUGAAGCUCUGGUUGAUGAGAUGAAGGCGAAGAAUGUUGCAGGGGAUGUGUACUUGUACACCGCUGUCAUCAACGCGUACUGCCGAGCAGGGAAUGUGCGGAGGGCGUCUGAGGUUUUCGAUGAAUGUGUUGGCAAUGGCAUUGAGCCGAACGAGCGUACAUAUGGUGUAUUGAUCAACGGGUUCUGCAAGAUUGGGCAGAUGGAGGCUGCAGAGAUGUUGCUGACAGACAUGCAAGGACGAGGUGUAGGACAUAACCAAAUUAUUUUCAAUACGAUGAUUGAUGGCUAUUGCCGUAUUGGGAUGGUGGACAAUGCUCUUAAAAUAAAGGCGGCGAUGGAGAAAACGGGCAUCGAACUGGACGUCUACACAUACAACACAUUAGCCUGUGGACUGUGCAGGGUGAAUAGAAUGGAUGAGGCCAAGACUCUAUUGCAUAUCAUGAUCGAGAAGGGUGUCGUGCCAAAUUACGUCACGUACACUACGUUGAUCAGCAUACACUGCAAGGAAGGUGACAUGGUGGAGGCUAGAAGGCUGUUCCGAGAAAUGGCAGGGAAAGGGGCAACGCCCAGUGUUGUGACCUACAAUGUUAUGAUGGAUGGGUACAUCAAGAAGGGGAGCAUCCGCGAGGCUGAGAGGUUCAGAAAGGAGAUGGAGAAGAAAGGGCUUGUUCCAGAUGUAUACACUUAUGCAUCGCUAGUUCAUGGGCACUGUGUCAACGGGAAGGUGGAUGUGGCGCUGAAGCUGUUUGAAGAGAUGAAGCAGAGGGGAACGGAACCUAAUGUCGUGGCAUAUACAGCUCUGAUAUCUGGUCUGGCAAAGGAAGGGAGAUCAGAGGAAGCGUUCCAGUUGUAUAAUGAUAUGUUGAAAGCUGGAUUGAUUCCAGAUGACACUGUAUAUUCUGCUCUUGUAGGAAGCCUUCACACUGAUAACCGGAAAGAUAUUCACCACAAACAAAUUAAGGUUUCUUAG